CGAAAAAAGCCAUCGAUACAAGACAUACAGUGACUCCUCACCUUACCAAUAAUAAUUUUGCCUUCUCUUUAAAUCUCAUCACUCUCUGAAUUCCACCGCACGCAAUUUGAAAUAGAAAGCUUAGCUAGGGUUUUCACUUUCAUGGCAUUUUCAAUCGAUCAAUCAAUCAAUUGAGCGGUAAUCGGAGGAUGAAAUAGCCUGAGAAAUAUGUUAUGGUCAAGGUUACCUUCCGAAGAAGAACUUAAUUAUCCGAAAAAUCGCGAUAUCGUUGGAGUGUUUAGGGCACUGGUUGUCGCCGCCAUGGGAUGUUUAUUCGGUUGUUUUCGUAUCAAGGAUGGUUCUCUUUCUCCUGCUCCUUGCUCCGAUCCUAAAUCUCACCUCGUCUCCCAGUCUACAUCUACUAAGGAACCUGUCGUGUCUCGCAACAGGAGUCCAUUAUCUUCACUAUUUAUUUCUGAAGAAAAAGGCGAGGAUAAUGAUUUGCACCAAACAGAAAUGGAUAAGCAAGAAACAGGAACACCUAAGUCUGAGUUGGAUGCGAAAGAGCUCAGGGAUCAGGCCAAGUUUCUUAAAGCUUGUGGAACCUUACCUGAGACUCCUGCUGAACUUCGAAAAGGCUUGGUGAAACGCAAAGAUCUAUCAACUUCAACAGGAGAUGUUGAACCUUUAAAAUUCAAGUCUUGGCUCUCUGAUAUGGCUGUUCAAGAGCUCAACCUGAAUUUGCCACCUGAGGACCCUAUUACACCUAGUAAAAGCAAUGGACUGGAAAAACAUUAUGGUUCCUUGGCACGUUCACCAAGCAGCUGCAUGAUGGAUGGACACAGUAGUCAAAAUUUGUCGAAAAGCUCUAUUCAUGGUAAUGGGUCUUCUAACACUCCGGCAUCCAUUGAGGUUAAUGCUAAUCAGACUCAUAAAUACACAGCUUCAGAAAUUACACCAACAUUUGCUCCCAGUGCCCAAUACAUGAACAAAUCUGUUCGUUUUGACUGUGAGUCCGAUCUAUCUGCAGUAUCAUGCAAAAGUUCUUCAUCGACACUUGACAGUCAAAACUCAAAGCAGCCAGGCAAUUCCUAUGCAUUGAAGAAUUCUCCCUAUCCAACCCCCCUAAAACUAAGUGAUGAAAUGCAAACACCUGGAACUGUUUUUCCAGCAUAUUUAGACAAUAUUGCAAAUGGAAAAACUGCACGGAUCAGGUCUCAGUUUGUUUAUCCAGUGUUAAACCCUGUUUAUGGCGCAUCACAGUUGAAGGAAUUGUCAGAUGAAGAUUCCUACUCCAUUCUAGACUCUAAUUCCAUAUUAUUGUCUAGUAACAUGACAGAAUCUGGUGACUGUCCAAAUGAAGCAAGCUUUUCGUCAGAACAAGGAAUGUCUGGAUUAAAAGAAGCUACAGCUGAUAAAGAUUUCAAGGUAGAAGCAAGCUUGUCUUCGUGGCUGAAACCAUCUUCAAUCAAUCAAGAUGAGGGUAAGCAGCAUAAUGGUUCAGUUUAUGGUGACAAUGUUCAUUAUGGCAGAACUCCUGGAGAUAGGCCUAUUCUUGGGUUAGUUGCUGCUCACUGGAAAGAUGAUGAAAAUUCUCAUAUAUCUCCCAAAAAAUGGUGGGAUGGAAACGGGAUUCCUAAUUCAACAAACAAGUAUAAGGAGGAUCAGAAAGUAAGUUGGCAUGCAACGCCAUUUGAAGAGAGACUGGAGAAGGCAUUAUCACAAGAAACUUCCAUUUCACAAAG